AUGGGGGGAGCCUACAACAGAAAAACCAACAACACCCGUGCCUUUCCUAAAAAGCGCAAGUUGACUCCGAAGGUGGAGGAAGUCAAUUUCGACUCAGAUGCCCGCCAGGAAUGGCUCACUGGGUUCCACAAGCGCAAGGUGCAGCGCGCUAAGGAAGCCCAGGAGGUAGCAAUCGAAAAGAUGAAGGAGGAGAAGAGACACGAUCGGGCGAAGGUAUGGGAUUUUCUUUUCAAGCCGAAGAAAUCAUUUGCUAACAUGAAUUUUCUCCAGCUUCGCGAAGAACGAGCGGCCGACAUGAAGAGAAUUAUGGAGGAGCAUAAGAGCCACCUGAAGCGCAUGAAGGCGGAAUUCGACAGCGAUAGUGAUUCCAAUGCCGACGAGGGCAGUGACGAAGAGGAGUGGGGAGGUAUCGAGGAACCGCCGGCGGUUGACUACGAAGCCGAAUAUGUUGACGAAGACAAGUACACUACUGUGACUGUUGAAGAAAUGGAUACAUCCCGAGAUGGUCUGCGAAACUUGGCGAAGGGAGAUGAUUCGGAAGAGGAAGAAGAAAAGCCAGCUACAAAGACGCCCGAGGCAGAGGCGAAACCCGAAAAGAAGUUUCGCAAAACCACCCAGAAGCCUAAGCAGAAGAAGAAGCAAUUUCGCUACGAGAGCAAAAGCGACCGCAAGAUCACUGCUUCAAAACAGCGCUCAUCAAACUCGAGGAAAGCCAAGGCCCGGAGAGAGGAAUGA